CAAGCUUCACCGAUUCUUAUAAUUUUACAACGGAGGAAGUCGGUAAGGGAGUGCUGCUUCUACGCGCAAAGGCCCUGUUUAAGUUGAAACGAGAAUCCGAAGCAUUUGAAGAAUAUGAUAGGGCCGUGAAGAUCUCGCAAAAGGAUGCACGAGUUUUUUUCUUUCGUGGAGAUGCGUAUCUUCGCGUAGGCCAGUACGAUAAUGCGAUUGAGGAUUUUGAUGCAGCGCUGAAGCUCAACUCCAAAUACGUGAAUGCGCUUCACUCCCGGGGAAAAGCAUACAUGUCUCAGGAUGAAUAUGAUAAGGCACUUGUUGACCUAAACAAGGCCAUAGAAUUGGAACCGCACCAUAGACUUGCGUUACAAGACCGCGGUUACACUCACCUCUUACUCAGGGAAUACGACCAGGCAUUGACAGAUUUUAACGAGACCCUCCAACUUAAACCUGAAAAUGCAUGUGCGCUUCGGGGACGAGGCGAAGUUUUUUACAUGCAGAACAAGUACAAAGAAGCCGUCGUUGAUUUAGAAAAGGCACUCGCCAUAGAACCAAAUAACGCCUGGGCGCUCGGCGUAUGCGGUCAUUCCUAUUGGGUGAUUGAUCGCAAUCACGACGCGAUCAUAUUUUUGAACAAAGCA